AUGCAUUCCAAGAAAGUGCUCAUUAUUCUCAGCGACGCGCACUCUUUCCCCCUGAAAAGGGACACCGGACACGAUGCUGGCAAGGUUGUUGAGCAGCCUUCGGGGUAUUUCCUCCAAGAGCUAGCAAAGCCGUUAAACAAAAUAUUGAACGCAGGUCACGAAGUAACAUUCGCCUCACCCAAAGGUCAUGAACCCGCCCCGGAUCCAAGCAGCGAAUCACUCGUCGCCAAUGCUGGCAAUUUCUAUGAACGUCAGCGAGAAUACAAUCUCAUCAAACGCAUGAAGCGGGAGAAUGGGUUCCGCACCCCACGACCAUUCAGCACCAUCAGCAACAAUGAGUUAACCACCUUCGCGGCUGUCUUUAUCCCAGGUGAACACGCACCACUUCGGGAUCUCGCAACAGAUGCAGAACUGGGGCGAAUUCUGCGCUAUUUCCACCAGGAGAGUAAGCCCACAGCUGUGAUCUGUCAUGGGCCUUAUGCCUUGUUGAGUACGAAGAAGGCGGGUGAUGGGACGUUUGUUUAUAAUGGAUACAAAAUUACAUCGUGGAGUGAUGCGGAAGAGAAUCUUAUGGAGACAUUAUGGGGUGGCGAGGUCAAGAAGGUAGAGUCUACGUUGAGAAACGAAGGUGCAGUGAUGGUUGAGGGUGUACGUGAAAAAACUGGCGGUACUACGUUGCAUCGGGAGCUGGUCUCAGCGGGUAAUCCUGUGGCGGCAAACGCUCUGGGUGAUCGAUUUCCUCGGGGCAUGGGCCCACCAGAUGGACCAGGAAGCAUUUCACUCAAGCAGGAAGGUUUGGAUAAUGGGGAUACCAUGAACCCAUUCGUGAACGAACCCGGCAAGAGUAAAAAGGGCGAGGGUGAGACGGACAGUGUAAAGGUAAAGGGGACCGUUAGCCCGGCUCGACCUCAGGUGUAA